AUGGGCACAUUUCGUGAGAAACUAAACCCUGGCUCCCUCUUUCCAGGCUUGGACACCUUCGCGUACGACCCGCAACGCUACGCCAUGGACUACCACAGCAUCGGCUUCCGGGAGUGCGCGGCCGAGGUGGCUCGCUACCUGGUCAGCUGCGAGGGGCUCGACAUCCAGGACCCGCUGCGGCUGCGUCUGAUGAGCCACCUGCAGUGCUUCGCCGCUCAGAGGGAGCUCGCCGCGAAGUCCGCCAACUGGGGCUACCCGCAGUACCCCUCGGCGCCGGUGUCCGCCCAGCCACAGCACAGCUACGCCGACGUGGGUCACAGACAGGACCCCACCACCUCGGCCGGAGCGACAACACUCGCGGCACCAUCGUCCAUCGCAGCGCCGCUGUCGGCGCCGCCAUCUUACCCCCAUUAUCCGCCGCCCCCCGGCCCCCCAGCGCCGCCAGGUCCACAUCCAGCCCCUCCCGCGCCCCACUACCCCACCCCCUACCCCCAUCCGCCGCACCACCAGUACUCCCAGAACACCUCAAAACCCUACAGGCCGUGGGGCGCGGAGCUCGCGUAU